AUCUGUUUCCUUAUGCUUGUAGGCUACCAACUAUUUUUCAAGCCCAAGUGUUAUACUAGUAAACAAGAUGAUGAUUUUAAGAAUUAAAUGCCGGUAAUACUGUAAACUAAACUGUGUGGUACUUUGUUGUGUUCGUUCAUCGCUACAGUGCUGAAGUGAAACUGAAACUGAAGAAAACACCGACAAUCCAUCAUUUGACUUGGCAUCAUCAAUCAAAAUCAAACCUGUGAUGUUAACCAUAAAUGCAACAUAUUUUGAUUUUUAAAAGACAUCUGUGAUAAAGAUGGAGUUAACAACCAGUAAAUCAAAGGACAGUAAAAGUCGAUCACACCCAAGCACUACUUCUAGUAAAAAACAUAUGACUCUGGCAACAACCAAGAAGAAUGAUAGUACAUCAGCUAUUCACAAAAAAAAGGAUGUAGAAGAUCCACUAUCAGAAAGACCAUGUAAAGAACAUUCUUUUCUAACCGAUGUCGCUGAUGUGAGAGAGAUGGAACAAGGUCUUUUACAAUUACUUGAAAAAUUCCAUUCUGGGAAACUGAGAGCAUUUGGUGGUGGAUCAGUUUUUGACCAAAUGGAUCAGAUUCGUGAACAACAGGAAAGAUUGGCUCGACUUCAUUUUGAUUUAGAUGUACAACAAGAUAUGCAUAGGUUAAAUUCAGAUGAAGCGAGGUCAGCAGCCAAUGAUAAUCUCAAUAAAUUAAUAGGACAGCUUCAAGGAUUGAGUUCAUCAAUUCAAACUCUACAUACAGGUGAUGGUGAAGUUGAAAGGAAAGCUGCCAACUGACUUGAGAUCUGAUACCAGUCUAGUACUAGAAGAUACAUUGUUAUUUAUUGGUUAAUGUGCAUGUUUAAACCUUUUUACCUGUGAUUGAAUGUAUACUUGCUGUGCAAGGGGUUGAUUUUAUCUCAAAGAUUUUUUAAAUAUGAAGUUACAACAUAUCUAUAGUCAACCACACUAUUAAUAUUUAUUUCAAUUUUUAUUUGGGUAAUUUAAUUCUUAAUUUACAUAUAUAGGCCUACCAGAUGGGAAGGAUUUUUAUUUCUAUUUGGACGGAGGUAAAUUAACUUUUAAACAAGGCCUCAAAUUCCUUUUUUGUCAUCUUCAGAAAAUUGUAGGUUUUAGUUCAAAAUGAUUUGUGUUCAAACUUGUAUUGUUCUCUAAGAAAUUCAGGUUAUUCUGAAAGGAACUGAUUAGGUUCAAUUUUAUCAGCUGAAGAUUUGACAAAUAUAAAUCUAUAAGUAAAAAAAGAUCUAGUCAAAUGAAGUCCCAAAUAUUUUCUCUGUCUCCUAUGUUGUUCCCUCCCUUGUUCUACUAAGAGGGGCUGACAUGGAAAAAGUGUGUAGUCGUUCGGAUGGGACAAUAAACCAAGGCCCUGUGUGCUACAGACUGUGCACGUUAAAGAUCCCUCAAAAUCUGGAAACGAAAAAGAGCUAAUGCCGCUGUCUUGGCAAAAAUUUCCCUCAUUGCACCUUGCAUGGCGUUGCCCAUCUUCGUUAGCCCACAUGGUGCUGAAAAGUAGGAUGUAAAAUUCAUUUCAUUUCCCUUACUAUAUAUUAAUGUUAACUGUUUAAACCUAAAGUCAUAUCAUUAUACACUAUGUCUAUUUUUACCUCAGUAUUUAUUGACGCAUUAUAUAGAAAUAUUUAAUCAGAACCUGAAAGAUGGGAGUUUCACAACAUGUUUCAGGUUCAGUUUUAGUAUUUAACAAUAUUUUCCAGAUUCUGUUGUAAUAUUUCUAUAUCGCUCUACAAUUUCUGUAUUGAGCACUAUUAUGAUAAUGUGAUAAGCUUUUAUUAUUAUGUUAGUAAUAUUUUUCAUUGCUACUGAAAAUGUUAAUCUUUUCUUUAUGAUGAAGUCUGUUUUAUCAUAUUUUUUCAUAUUAAACUAAUUGUUUUCAUAUUUUACAUUGUUACGUUUAGUAUCAGUUACAACUUUUGUGUUGUACAUGUCUUAUUUAUUUAAUGGAAACAUUUUCAUGAAAGAAAUCUUAUUUUAAUCAGUUAUUCUCUUUGCAGUGUCAGUUAUUAGUAUAAUUAUAAGGACACCUCAAUAGGGUACUAUAAUGUAUGAAAGAGAGACCUGUCAUUGUUGAUAUGUGUGGUUACAAUACAUACCAUCAAAGGAUUGAUUUCCAUGUUAUGUUUCUGAUAAUAUACAUUAUUUAAUGCAUGACAUUCCCAUUUCAUUAUAGAGUUUUAUUUGUUGUUUACUGCUUGAGUGUAUAUUGUAAUAUUAAAAAUUGUUUAUCAAAU